GAGGCAGGUGUUUUGCAGGCUGUGCCUGGAGCAGUUGGGAAACGGGCUGGUCGAACUGGUUUCCCUCCGCACCCGGCGCUGGCACUGACGUACGCGCCCGCUCGCCAAACACAUUCUGCCCCGUCCCCACGGACCUGACUUGGCUCCGCACGGCGAAGGAUGGCUGUGCCGGAGCUGUGAGCACAGCACAGCCCUGCACUGGCCCAUGGACCUGAAACCAUCUCUGACCACUGCAUCGCCCGGCAGUGCGCCUCCCAGCCUCCAUGCCUCUGCACCCCGCAACAUCUUCGGUUCCCGACCCCUGAGGCCUAAAGAAAACGUGCUCUGCACCAGCUUCAAGCCCUACAGCCCAGAGUCCAGCCCAGCCCCGGCGCCCUGCACGGCCUGUGAGAGCACACGAUCCUCCAUGUUCAGAGCUCCCUGCAUGAGCCAGCGACGGCUUGCACUCAUCUUCUGUGUUUCCAUCCUCAUCGUGCUGCUCAUCGCCCUCAUCCUCCUGUUUAUGUUCUGGCGGUCACAGACGGGCAUCGUGUACAAGGAACCUGCCGAGAGCUGCAAGGACAACCCCGUGCGCUGCAACGGCGUCGUCGACUGCUCCCAAAGGAGCGAUGAGCUGGGCUGUGUGCGCUUUGCAUCCGAAGAGUCCUUGCUCCAAGUGUAUUCCAGCUCGGAGAACCAGUGGCUGCCGGUGUGCAGCAGUGCCUGGGACGAUUCCUUCUCCAGAAAGACCUGCCAGCAGCUGGGAUUUCAGAAUGCCUCGCAGACCGAAUACGUUCCCCUGCACAUCUCUGGCAAGAGCCUCACGGUGACCAACGAGCAUGAGACCAUCCAGCAGAGCCUCAACAGCUCGCAGUGUCUCACGGGAAAGUUCGUCUCCCUGCGAUGCACAAGUAAGGGGCUGGCUGGCAGGGCAAUGGCCAAGGCCUGUGGGCAGAGGAUUUCUGGCCGCAUCAUUGGAGGAAAGGAGACCUCUGUGAGCAAAUGGCCCUGGCAAGUCAGCGUGCAGUACGGGCCAGUCCACAUCUGCGGUGGCACCAUCAUCGACGCGCAGUGGGUCCUCACUGCAGCCCACUGCUUCUUCAUGAACAGCAUGAAGAUCCUCGAUGACUGGAAGGUGUACGGUGGGGUCUCAGACCUCAAGCAGCAAGCAGAGGCCAUCCCCGUCUCCCAGGUCAUCAUCAACUCCAACUACAGUGAUGAUCACGAUGACUACGACAUCGCUCUCAUGAAGCUCUCCAGGCCGCUGACACUCUCAGCUCAGGUUCGCCCAGCCUGCCUCCCCAUGUACGGCCAGCGAUUCCAGACCGGCAGGUCCUGCUUCAUCACCGGCUUCGGGAAGACCAGGGAGAACGAAGAUAACACAUCCCCGAAGCUGCGGGAGGCCGAGGUGAAGCUGAUCGACUACAAGAUCUGCAACAGCGACAAGGUGUACGAGGGGUACCUGACCCCACGGAUGAUGUGUGCCGGGUACCUGCAGGGAGGGAAGGAUGCGUGCCAGGGUGACAGUGGAGGACCCCUGGUCUGCGAGGACAACGGCCGCUGGUAUGUGGCUGGGGUGACGAGCUGGGGAACAGGAUGUGGCCAGAAGAACAAGCCCGGCGUCUACACACGUGUGACAAAGCUCCUCAACUGGAUACACAGCAAAAUGGAGAGCGAGAAUGACUAACACCGGGAUGGACGCUUGCCUGGGCUGUGCUCUCAGGCCAGCACAAGCCCCUGCCCUUGGCUGCUCCUAGGGCACGAUGCUACCAACAGAUCCCCCCACCUCUCUCUGGACUGUGCCUGCAGCCAGGGCCCUGCUGCUGUGCCCAGUCUCUGCACAUACAGCACCUGCAAAGCGACUCUGCCCUCGAGCCGUGCAAGGGGGCUGGUGGCAAAGCACGCACCCAACCCUGGUCCCGCAACGGCUUUCUGGUGCUUCUCAUGUAAAUAGAUGUGUCCGGACUGGGGUGUCCUGAGUGCUUCCUGGCAGGAUCAGCGGGUGAGGGGCUGCUGGCAUUGCCUGCCGAUCCCAUGGAGGUGGUGGAUGGAAGUGAGGAGCAGGAAUGCCAUGGGAUGCCUGUGGCUGGUCACAGUUGUGCUGCUCUGGGGUGCAGCAUGGUGCUGCCCACACCACAGGCCAUGCUCCCUGUUCUCUCCAUGGGAGGCAAGCAAAAGGGAGCCCCGAGGAGCAGUAGCUGCUCACGUUGGCAGGUAGGUUUAGGAAGUGCCUGUAAGAGAAAACCCUGUCUGUGCAUUUCCCGUGCUGUGGAUAGGGUCUGAGCUCUCGCUCCAGGACUGCGUGCGGCUGGGCUCUGUUUCUGCCUGCUCGAGGAGGAUGCCAGCAGCAGCACGGGGCAGGUCUGCUCUCUGGGCUGUCACAGAGGCCAGCAGCAGCCAGAGGCUGAGGUGGAGUGCGAUGCAGAUCAGCAACCUCCGGGGCAGAGCCAACCCUGGACCUCGCUCUUAGCGCAUUGACCACUGUGGAUGUCUUUCGUUACCUCCCUGUUCACGCCAGAGAGGGGACACAUUAACCCCAAGGAAACAAGUGCCAGCAUCUCCCUGUGGAAGCUAUGGGAGACCUCCAGGUUGGCUGUGCGAGUGCCUGUUGGGUGAGAAGAGGCUGCUGCCCUUGCUGAGGCUCCUGUCCCAGAUGUGUGGUCAGCAGCAGAGGGGUCCUGGGGUGCUUGGCCACUGCACUCAAUAAACGUUUUGGUAGU